AUUGGCGUCUCCUUGCCUUGCUUGCAUGCUUGGCUUACUUUGCUGGAUAGGCCACUGGAUAAAGAAAGACAGAAGAGAAAUCCUAGAUUUCAAGUAUUGAUGAGCCUACCUACGUCAACUUGAUGUGCAGCCGAAAUUUGCACCGUCAGUGUAGUGGAGUCAGUUACCACUAUGAAUAAACCAAGGUCUGUAAACAAACAUUCCAUCAGCUGGAUUGUGUCAGGUGUGAGUGGAAAAAUCGUUAUAGGGACUGCUGUUGUGGCCCUGUUUAUUCUUAUUUGCAACUACUUCAUGACUCCCUCGAACUGCCACACCUCUGGACCCAAGGUGUGGACUGCAGCUGAUGGUUCUAGGAACUUUGCAAUCAAGACAACCUGGAAUGGACAGUGUAUCAAACAUGAGCCUAUGAAGGUUUCCCUUAGUCCUGCUGAGGAUGGUGGGUGCAUCAUGAAGGUCAGCGGCCCAUUUUUCAACAGUCCGGCUGCUCCGCAAGGUCCUCCGGGGCCGUUUGAUAAGCUGUGGGACUAUGAAGUUGUCGAGGCUUUUUUCCUGAAUGACAAAGACCAGUAUCUGGAGGUGGAACUUGGCCCGCAUGGACACCAUCUGCUUCUGAUGCUCAAUGGACAAAGAAAUGCUGUGGAGACCAAGCUCCCUCUGACAUACACUGCUGAGAUCUACGGGGACCAGUGGGAAGGAAAGGCAAGCAUACCGCUGUCUUACUUCCCCCCAGGAGUGACUAAGUUCAACGCCUAUGCCAUCCAUGGAGAGGGCGAUAACAGAAUCUAUGAGUCUCUUUACCCGGCGAAGAAUACACCAGCUCCUGAUUUCCAUCGACUAGAAUUUUUUGAGCCUCUGGACAUGACCAAGAUUGUGUACAACUACAACCCUGAUGAGAUUUCUGAAAAGUGGAAACCUUAUGAGAAGAGUUAAUGAUGUCACAGAGUGCUGGAAUCUUCUUGAUGGUGUUGUGGAAAAGUUUCUUACAUUAUUCUAAAGCUGUACACUUGCUCUUACUUAAUCAAUGGGGGUUUUUUGUCUGUAAAUUUCUUAUUUUGAUUUUGUUUGUUGCCUUUGCAAUUCGACAAGUGCAAUGCAAUUUGUUACUGCUAUGGUUCAAACAUGAGAUGACUUUUGAUUCGGCUUGAAAUCCUGAAUUUGUGCUUUAAUUUUAAUAAAAUAUUUUGAAGAGGAUAAUUUUACUCCCAUUACAGGAAUAAUGAUUGAGGUAUUUCAGUUAAACAGCAAAUUUCUUUUGUGAGACAUUAUGUUAAGUAUUUCAGAUGUCCUGGAGCUUCAAAUUUGAAAUUGUGAUGUUUACCCAAAUUAUUUUGUCCAAUUAAUUCUUGUGGCUCUUCAGUUUUGAUGGAAAUAUUGUUUUCAUUGUAAGAGCUUAAUGUGUAAACGGUCCUAAAUCAGCAAAGUCACUUUAGUUUCGUUUUGUUUUAAGUGUAUAUUUUUCCCACUGUUGAUCUUUCAGUAAAGAAAAAUUACAGAAUCAAUGUACACAAGUGCAGCAAAAAGAGUUUUUCUGCCAAUAACCAUUCCAUAUUAUAAGUCUUUGAAGUAUCAAAGCUCUUUUUUUGAGGAUCGUAUGCACACCUACCACAGUUUGCUUGUUUAUAAAAUAUCACUUAUAUGUGUCAUGAUGCGAUGGAAUCGGACUCUCAUCAAUUUUUGGGCUUGUAGAGUUAUUGGUAUCAUCUUAAAAUUUGUUCAUUUGUCUUGCUUUGGACGAAAAAAAUAUCCUUUUAUCUGAAAUAGAAAUCGAAAUAUUUGCGAGUGAAGGAGGUGGGGGGGUCACCUGGAUUCAGAAGUAAAAUAAGUUAAAAAAUAGUUGCAAAAGAUGAAUUAGAUCUAUUUCCUUAGCUUGAGAAUCCGUGGAAAAUGAAAAUUGACAUUUUUUGUGCCUUUGAUUAACAUUUUUCAGUAAAAUCCACUCAGAAAUGUGUUCUUUAAUGGGCAUGAAAGGUGUUGAACCAAAAAAGGAAAAUUCUAUAAAAAAUUCACAUUCCUGCGAAAAAAAGCCAGUUUCUUCACUUUGAUUAUUUUGAUGAGAACCUGAUUUCACCACGCUGCCUCACAUUAUAUUAGUUCAGCAGUGAGUAGACUUAUUGACUUUUGUUUUCAUUUUUAAAUGAAAUGGUACAAGUAAGAAAUUAUUGUAUUUUUAUAUACCAUGUGCAAUUGUUAUGAAUCUGCAAGUUCAAUAUUUUUCAUUACAAGGGUGCCAUUACUACAAGUGCUAUUUUAUUGCUCGCUCAGUCACUUUGUAAGCUGUCUUUCUGUUUCUGAGAGCAUUUUGAGAGAAGACAGAUUCCUAAUGGAUAAUAAAUGAACUCAUGAAUUCUUUAUUAUAUUUCUUGUUAUAUUAUAUAUAAAAACGAAUUGCCUCGCAGAGAGAUGUGCUUGAGGUAAGGUCAACUUUAUAUGAUUUCACGAUUAAAUAAAUUCUUUUUAAAAACUUGUUACUUUGGUUCUGAUUUUUUUCCCAUUUUGUAGGUUGUAUUGCACUCAGAACGAUAUGAACAUUAUGGGCCUUGUUUUCAUGUUUGGUAAACAAUGUAAUGUAAUGUGGUGGCUAAGCUCAGGACCAGUCAAAAAGAAAAUCAGGACUGAUUUUUCUCUGUAAGAAAAGUCCCACUGGCAAGAUUAUAAUAUUCUAGCAUUCUGAAGAAUCUAUGUUCAUCUGUGGUUGUUUUAAUUUUGCAUUAAAAAUAUUGAACAUUGA